CCCGCAGCGCGGCGGCACCAGACGCCUCCCUCUCCCCGCGGCGGCUCCGGUCCCGGCCCCGCCGCUCCCGCUCCUCCUCCGCUCCGCAGUUUGCGUCUCGCCGCCGCUCGCAGCCAGCGGCGGGGCCGCGCCGCGCAGUGUCCCCGGAGCCGGGCGCGGGGCGCAGCGGCCGCCCGCCGAGCCGCCGCCGUCCCCCUGCAUGGCGGCCGCCCCGCAGCCCUAGCCGGUCCCCCCCGCAGCCCUAGCCGGCCCCCGGGGCCCGGGGGAAGCGGCGCGGGAGCCGCGGGGCGGGGGGGGAGGUUGUCCGGAGGCGGCGUCCGCGGCUCUCCCGCCGCGGCAGCAUGGCGCGGGGCGGCGGGCGGCAGGAGGCCGCCGCCACCGCCCGGGGCCGCCGCCCGCGGGGCCGGGGGCCGCUUGGCCUCCUCUGCCUGGCGCUUCUCUGCGGGCUGGGCGCCGCCGAGGCGGAGUUCUCCAUCCUGGACGAGGCGCAAGUUCUGGCCACCCAGAUGAGGAAACUCGCCACCGAGGAGCUGGGGGUCGUCACCAUGCAGAGGAUAUUCAACUCCUUUGUGUACACGGAGAAAAUAUCAAAUGGAGAAAGUGAAGUUCAACAGUUGGCAAAAAAAAUUCGUGAGAAAUUCAACCGUUACUUGGAUGUUGUGAAUCGUAACAAGCAAGUAGUGGAAGCAUCAUACACUGCUCAUCUCACAUCGCCCUUGACUGCGAUCCAAGACUGCUGUACUAUUCCACCAUCUAUGAUGGAAUUUGAUGGAAAUUUUAAUACCAACGUUUCUAGAAUUAUCAGCUGUGAUAGACUGUCUACCACUGUCAGUAGCAGAGCCUUCAAUCCUGGACGUGACUUAAAUUCUGUUCUUGCUGAUAAUCUGAAGUCUAACCCAGGAAUUAAAUGGCAGUAUUUCAGCUCAGAAGAAGGCAUUUUUACCGUUUUCCCAGCCCACAAGUUCCGGUGCAAAGGCAGCUAUGAACACCGCAGCAGGCCUGUCUAUGUUUCUACUGUUCGACCUCAGUCGAAGCAUAUCGUUGUCAUUGUGGACCAUGGGGCUUCAGUCACAGAGACACAGCUGCAGAUUGCCAAAGAUGCGGCUCAGGUUAUUCUGAGCUCUAUAGAUGAACACGAUAAGAUCUCUGUGUUAACCGUGGCAGACACAGUAAGAACCUGCUCACUGGAUCAGUGCUAUAAGACAUUUCUGUCUCCUGCCACUAGUGAGACAAAAAGGAAGAUGUCCACCUUCGUUAGCAGUAUAAAGUCAUCUGACAGCCCUACACAGCAUGCAGUGGGAUUUCAAAAGGCUUUCCAGUUGAUACGCAAUACAAACAAUGGCACAAAACUGCAAGGAAAUACCGAUAUGGUCAUAAUUUAUCUCUCGGCUGGGAUUACAUCAAAAGAUUCUUCAGAAGAUGAUAAAAAAGCUACUUUACGUGUCAUCAAUGAAGAAAAUAGUUUCCUCAAUAACUCAGUAAUGAUUCUUACUUACGCACUUAUGAAUGAGGGAGUGACAGGUUUGAAGGAACUGGCCUUUCUGCGAGACCUGGCAGAGCAGAACUCAGUGAAGUACGGGGUGCCAGACCGAACAGCCCUACCUGUGAUCAAGGGAAGCAUGAUGGUCCUAAACCAGUUGAGUAACCUGGAAACGACAGUUGGCCGAUUCUACACAAACCUCCCCAACCGAAUGAUUGAUGAGGCAGUCUUCAGUCUGCCUUUCUCAGAUGAAAUGGGAGACGGCCUGAUAAUGACUGUAAGUAAACCGUGUUACUUUGGAAACCUCCUGCUAGGGAUUGUUGGAGUAGAUGUUAAUCUCGCAUAUAUCUUGGAAGAUGUCACCUAUUAUCAGGACUCCUUGGGUUCCUACACUUUCCUCAUUGACAAUAAAGGAUACACUCUUAUGCACCCAUCCCUUACCAGGCCCUACCUGUUGUCUGAACCACCGCUCCACACAGAUAUUAUCCAUUAUGAGAACAUUCCUAAAUUUGAGCUGGUGCGCCAGAACAUCCUUAGCAUUCCCCUGGGCAGCCAGAUCAUUACGGUUCCUGUGAACUCCUCACUGUCUUGGCAUGUAAACAAAUUGAGAGAAGUUGGAAAAGAAGCCUAUAAUGUCAGCUAUGCGUGGAAAAUGGUCCAGGACACGUCCUUUAUUCUGUGUGUUGUGGUGAUACAGCCAGAAAUACCUGUUAAACAGCUGAAGAAUCUGAACACUGUCCCCAGCAGCAAGCUCCUGUAUCAUCGACUGGAUCUUCUGGGCCAGCCAAAUGCCUGCCUGCACUUCAAGCAGCUGGCUACCUUAGAAAGCCCUACGGUAAUGCUCUCUGCAGGCAGCUUCUCUUCUCCGUACGAACAUCUCAGCCAGCCUGAGACGAAGCGGAUGGUGGAGCAUUACACAGCAUACCUCAGCGACAACACGCGCCUGAUUGCCAAUCCUGGCCUUAAGUUCUCUGUCAGAAAUGAAGUAAUGGCUACCAGUCACGUCACAGAUGAAUGGAUGACACAAAUGGAAACGAGUAGCCUGAACAGUUCUAUUGUGCGCCGUUACAUAGCAACCCCCAAUGGGGUGCUCCGAAUUUACCCCGGUUCCCUCAUGGACAAAGCAUUUGAUCCCACCAGGAGACAAUGGUACUUGCAUGCAGUGGCUAAUCCAGGACUCAUUACAUUUACUGGUCCCUACUUAGAUGUUGGAGGGGCAGGCUACGUCGUUACGAUCAGUCACACAGUCCAUUCUUCCAGUGCACAGAUGUCUUCAGGACAUUCGGUGGCAGUAAUGGGCAUUGACUUCACCCUGCGAUACUUCUACAAAGUUCUCAUGGACCUGCUGCCAGUUUGUAAUCAAGACGGAGGAAACAAAAUAAGGUGCUUUAUCAUGGAGGACAGAGGGUACCUUGUGGCACACCCAACCCUCAUCGAUCCCAAAGGACAUGCACCAGUGGAGCAACAGCACAUUACGCACAAGGAGCCUUUGGUAGCAAAUGACAUUCUGAACCACCCAAACUUUGUCAAGAAAAACCUCUGCAACAGCUUCAGUGACAGAACAGUUCAGCGGUUUUAUAAAUUUAAUACCGGCUUAGUGGGUGAUCUGACAAACCUUGUGCACGGCAGUCACUGCUCCAAGUACAGGCUGACAAGAAUCCCAGGCACCAAUGCCUUUGUGGGAAUCGUCAAUGAGACCUGCGAUUCCUUUGCUUUCUGUGCCUGCAGUGUGGUAGACAGACUCUGCCUCAACUGCCACAGAAUGGAACAGAACGAAUGCGAGUGCCCUUGCGAGUGCCCCCUGGAGGUAAAUGAAUGUACCGGCAACCUCACCAACGCUGAGAGCAGAAACCCGAGCUGUGAAGUUCAUCAGGAGCCAAUGACUUUCACAGCAAUCGAUCCCAGCCUACAGGAUGCUCUCCCGCAGUGCAUCAACACUCAGUGCAAUCAGAGAACAGAGAGCGGGGAUUGCUUUGGCGUGUUGGACUGUGAGUGGUGUAUGGUAGACAGUGAUGGUAAGACCCACCUGGAUAAGUCCUAUUGUGCCCCUCAGAAGGAAUGUUUUGGUGGCAUUGUGGGAGCAAAGAGCCCCUACGUGGAUGACCUGGGAGCAAUAGGAGAUGAGGUAAUCACUCUGAACAUGAUCAAAAGUGCACCAGUCGGCCCAGUGGCUGGAGGCAUUAUGGGCUGCAUUAUGGUGCUUGUCCUAGCAGUAUAUGCAUAUCGCCACCAGAUACAUCGGAGGAGUCACCAGCACAUGUCACCUUUGGCGGCGCAGGAAAUGUCAGUGCGUAUGUCGAACCUGGAAAAUGAUAGGGACGAGAGAGAUGAUGACAGCCAUGAAGACAGAGGAAUCAUUAGUAACACUCGAUUUAUAGCAGCGGUAAUUGAGCGGCAUGCCCACAGCCCAGAACGCAGGCGCCGCUACUGGGGACGAUCGGGAACAGAAAGCGACCACGGCUACAGCACUAUGAGUCCUCAGGAAGACAGUGAAAACCCUCCAUGCAAUAACGACCCAUUGUCGGCUGGUGUCGAUGUUGGAAACCACGAUGAAGACUUAGACCUGGACACACCACCUCAAACAGCUGCCCUGUUGAGUCACAAGUUUCACCACUACCGGUUGCACCACCCAACUCUUCACCACAGCCACCAUUUACAGGCUGCAGUCACGGUACACACUGUGGAUGCAGAAUGCUAAUGAACAACGACAAAAGAAACAUAACUUGUGAACAAUGAUCCAUGCAGCAACGGGCAGCUUUGUUUCUGUGCUUUUCACCAGGAAUGAUUUAACGAACUUCCUGAGUAAAGUGUUAAGCAUAAAAGCUUUACAUUUUUAUAAAUGUAAGGUUGGCUCUGAAAUGGAAGGGAAAUGUGCUUGAUGAAUGGACCUGCCAUAACAUUUAAUAAAAUGGAGCAGGAGGCACGUUAGACCUCCAAAAACAGGGACACAAGUUUAUACAGCAGCUGAAGCUUUGGAAGCCCUGUUAUGCUGAGCCAAGAGGAGAGAGCGAGCAUUUAAAAGAGCCAGAGAUUAUUUGGUUUCCUUAACUGGAAGAGCAGAAAUCUGCGCAGCUGAAGACUAGAAAAGUGCCAGAUAGGGGGGGGGGGGGAAAGGCUGUUGGUUUCUCUGCAGUUUGUUUCGCAUAUAGAAAGUUCACUGCUCCGACAAUUGCUGUAUGGAACCUGGGACAAUGCAUCUCAAGAUUUUUAAGUAAAGGAUUAUUUUUCUACUAUUUAUUGAACUUGAAACUUUGGGGGGAGGGAGGGGAGAAAACAUGUUAGCAAUUCUCAGCAACUACCACAUAUAUUCUGUGAUGGUGAAGUGGUUCUUCCGAGGAAGACAUCUGUUUCUUAUUAGCUGAUAUUCAUCCACUGCCCCACUCUGCAAAAGGGAAAAUGAAGAAGUCGUUUCUGACGUGUUUACAUGAUGAAUGCUUUCUUUUCCACAAUUGUUUUCUGUAAAUAUUACCACCUGAUUUAUAUUAUAGUAUUUUCUUCCUAUUUGCAGAGAAGUCCUGUACUCCGCUACUAAAAUUCUGAGAAUUCUGCCCAUAAACCUCUCCAUCUUUACCUCUUCGAUCAUCCUUAAAGGUUUCCUGUGUGGAAGUAAUAAAGAAUUUAUUUAGCAUUAGUUACCAGAUAAUUCCAAAUGAAAUCUGUGCCAUUCUUCUGUUUCCUUAGGACGCUGUCAAGAUCAGAAGUAGGGAUAAACCAGUGUUUUGUAAAACUUGGGUUACUGUGGAAGGUAUCUUUCUGAAAGUGUAAUUUUAAGCUGCUGCUGUUUGUCUGAAAUUUAACAUUGCGUGGUAAAUCAAAGAUUAAUUGAUCUGUCUACAACACAACAUCAUAAUUAUAAAUCAGUUUUAAAUCAGUGUAUUUUAGAUUCACAUUUUGUGAUUACAAUGAUAUAAAAACAUUCUUGCACUGUGCAUAUAAUAAACAUCCAUUUAUCUGUAGGUUUUUUUAAAAUCACUUGUUUUAAUUAAUAUGGUACUUAAUACUGUAUUAUGUAAAAAAUUGGUUCUUAAACAGUACGGUAAAAUAACUAUAUGUGUGAUACCAGGAUACCCCUUUAUACUAUGUAUAAAAUUAAAAUCUCUAGUGAAAUAAACUGUAUAUAAAGUAUA